ACACACACACACACUAUUCUCAGUCUGGCUCGCGCUCGAUUCAGUUCAGUCAGACGAGCGCGCGCAGUGGAGAGAGAGAGUGCGAGCGAGAGAGAGAGAGAGAGAGAGAGAGAGCGCGCGAGCACCGCAUCACACCGCACCGCACCGCACCGCUCACGCGCUCAGGGAAUUCUUCUUCCUUGCUGAACCCGGAGCGGCUGCGCGUGAGCGUGUCUGUGAGACUUGUGCAAUGAUGUGUGUGCAUGCGCGUGCGCGCGUCUCUACCAAGAGUGAGUGUGUAUGUGAGCUCGAGCCCUUAUUCCGAUCCUGACCCAGUCGCGCGCACUCACUCCCUCACACACACACGCGCACCGGACCUCAGGAGCGGCGCGCUGAGACACGGAGAUAACUUGCGCGCGCGCGCGCACACACACAGAGGGUCUCAGAUUUUCCGUGAGCCGCGGAGACGGGGCAGAGCGCGCGCCACAGGAGCGGUGGAGAAAGCGGACCCUGGAUGAGUUCCUCGCGCGCGAGCGCUCCGGGAAUGUUAUUGGAUUGAAUGAGGAGUGCUUUGAGGAAAAUCCCAGCCAGCGCGCGCGCACAGGAGUCGAAAGCGGUGUUGCGGCGUUAUUCCCAGGUUUCCAGGCUGAUUGGGAAUGAAGAGAAGAGCGCUCGCGCUGCUUUCUUGAUGAACUCGAACACACUGUAACUCCUGAGAACUCCGUCUCACUCCCUGCGCACGCGCCCGCUGGAUUACAGGAUCAUUCCAUAUUUGCCUUAUUAGACUUUUUUUUUUUUUUUUGCCCCGGUGGUUUAUGGAGGUUUUGUCCCGGGUUAAAGCUGCACGACUGUAAACUCGGCUCAGUUCGGCUGUUCCCCCGCUGCUCUUCUCUGCGCUUCAUAAAUGGAUUAUUGGCUGAUUUUGUGCGGCUUUUUGCUGCGCGUGACUUCCGCUGUGGAAGAAACGUUAAUGGACACCAAAUGGGCCACAACAGAGCUGGCAUGGACCUCACAUCCUGAGACAGGGUGGGAGGAAGUGAGCGGCUACGAUGACGCCAUGAACCCGAUCAGGACUUACCAGGUGUGUAAUGUCCGUGAACUGAACCAGAACAAUUGGCUGCGUAGUGACUUUAUCCCGCGGAAGGACGUGCUGCGCGUAUAUGUGGAGCUGAAGUUCACUGUGCGGGACUGUAACAGCAUUCCCAACAUUCCCGGCUCCUGCAAAGAGACUUUUAACCUCUUCUACUAUGAGUCUGAUUCUGACUCAGCCACGUCCACCAGCCCCUUCUGGAUGGAGAACCCGUAUGUCAAAGUGGACACCAUUGCUCCAGAUGAGAGCUUCUCCGCACUGGAGUCUGGACGUGUCAACACCAAGAUCCGCAGCUUUGGUCCGCUCUCCAAGAACGGAUUCUAUUUGGCGUUCCAGGACCUGGGAGCCUGCAUGUCUCUCAUUUCCGUACGGGUGUUUUAUAAAAAGUGUUCCACCACCAUUGCCAACUUCGCUGUGUUCCCUGAGACAGCAACAGGAGCCGAGGCCACGUCUUUGGUGAUUGCCCCAGGGACGUGCGUCCCCAACGCUGUGGAGCUGUCCGUCCCCCUGAAGCUCUACUGUAACGGAGACGGGGAGUGGAUGGUUCCUGUCGGUUCCUGUACCUGCAUGUCUGGAUUUGAACCUGCCACUAAAGAAACACAGUGCCAAGCAUGCAGUCCUGGUCUGUUUAAGUGGAAGCAGGGUGAAGGGCCGUGUACCCCGUGUCCUCCAAACAGUCGCUCCAUUUCUGGUGCCACAUCCAUCUGCAUCUGCAGGAACGGAUUCUACCGAGCUGACAGUGACACCCCUGACACAGCCUGCACCAGUGUGCCAUCUGCUCCCCGUAAUGUGAUCUCAAAUGUGAAUGAGACAUCUCUGGUGUUGGAGUGGAGCGAGCCGAAGGACCUGGGCGGCCGUGAUGAUCUCCUCUACAACGUCAUCUGUAAGAAGUGUGUGACAGAGCGUGGAGCGUGUACACGCUGUGAUGAUAACGUGGAUGUGUCGCCGCGACACCUGGGACUGACGGAGCGGCGCGUGGCCAUCAGAAACCUGCAGGCACACACACAGUACAGCUUCGAGAUCCAGGCAGUCAACGGCGUGUCCAAUAAGAGCCCACAUCCACCACAGUCCACCUCCGUCAACAUCACCACCAAUCAAGCUGCUCCGUCUGCAGUUCCCACAGUGCAUCUAAUGGGGGCGUCGGCAGGCACCAUGAGCCUCUCAUGGCUUCCACCAGAAAAGCCAAAUGGAAUCAUUUUGGAUUAUGAAAUUAAGUAUCAUGAGAAGGAUCAAGGAGAGGCAAUCGCACACACUAUGACGGCACAGCGCAGCUCAGCACGGAUCGAGGGGCUAAAGGCAGCGACGGCAUAUGUGGUGCAGGUCCGAGCCAGGACAGUGGCUGGAUAUGGUCGCUAUAGCAACCCAAUGCACUUCAGCACCAACCACCAAGAGGAUCCAGGGAAGUCUCUGCAGGAAAAGCUUCCUCUGAUUGUGGGUUCUGCGACAGCCGGUCUGGUCUUCAUCAUUGCCGUGGUUGCCAUCUCCAUCGUCUGCUUCAAGAAACAGAGAAACGGCUCAGAGUCUGAGUACACCGAGAAACUGCAGCAAUACAAAUCCCCAAUAGUGAGCGCUGGGGCAAAGGUAUACAUUGACCCCUUCACCUACGAGGACCCGAACGAGGCUGUGCGUGAGUUCGCUAAAGAGAUCGAUGUCUCCUGUGUGAAGAUCGAGGAGGUCAUCGGCGCAGGGGAAUUUGGUGAAGUUUGUAGGGGUCGUCUGAAGCUCCCUGGGCGGAGGGAGAUCAUUGUGGCCAUUAAGACGCUGAAGGUGGGCUACACGGACCGGCAGAGACGGGACUUCCUGAGUGAGGCGAGCAUCAUGGGACAGUUUGACCAUCCCAACAUUAUUCGGCUGGAGGGCGUGGUCACCAAGAGCCGGCCUGUCAUGAUCCUCACCGAGUUCAUGGAAAACGGAGCGCUCGACUCAUUUCUACGGCUGAAUGAUGGUCAGUUUACGGUGAUCCAGCUGGUUGGAAUGCUGCGUGGAAUAGCAAGCGGGAUGAAGUACCUGUGUGACAUGAAUUACGUACACCGUGACCUUGCUGCCCGGAACAUCCUCGUCAACAGCAACCUGGUGUGUAAAGUGUCUGACUUUGGCCUGUCCCGCUUCCUGGAAGACGACCCCAAUGACCCUACCUACACCAGCUCUCUGGGAGGUAAAAUUCCAAUUCGCUGGACAGCUCCGGAAGCGAUCGCGUACAGGAAGUUCACUUCAGCGAGCGAUGUGUGGAGCUACGGAAUUGUCAUGUGGGAAGUGAUGUCAUAUGGCGAGCGGCCAUAUUGGGACAUGAGCAACCAGGACGUAAUUAACGCAGUGGAACAGGAUUAUCGCCUGCCCCCGCCCAUGGACUGUCCCACGGCUCUGCACCAGUUAAUGCUGGACUGCUGGGUUAAAGAGAGGAAUCUCCGACCCAAAUUCUCCCAGAUCGUCAACACGCUCGACAAAUUAAUCCGUAAUGCCGCCAGUCUCAAAGUGGUAGCCAACACGCCAUGUGGAGCAUCUCAGCCCCUGCUGGACCGCAGUGUUCCUGAUUACUCCACCUUCACCACAGUGAGCGAUUGGCUGGACGCCAUCAAAAUGAGCCGCUAUAGAGAUAACUUCCUGAACGCCGGAUUCGCCUCCUUCGACCUUGUCGCCCAGAUGACAUCAGAGGAUCUGUUGAGGAUAGGUGUGACACUCGCUGGACACCAGAAGAAGAUCCUCAGCAGCAUUCAGGACAUGAGACUGCAGAUGAACCAAACGCUACCUGUGCAGGUGUGAGGCAGGAAAAACAGGGCGGGGCUAAAUCCAGAGCUUACCAAUGAGAGCACAGAAACACCUGGCUGCCUGACCAAUCAGAACAGAAAGAGCUCGCCGUGCCUCAUGACUGUCCCUGUGUCUGAAACCCUGCCCUACUCCCUAUUCCCUCAACACGCCACGGUGCAUUAUGGGUAAUCUACCUUCCUUCCUUCCUUCGGACACUCACCUCUCCCAGUGCAUUGUGGGAUUUCCUGAGUACACAAGAUGAUCUUUGCUACGCCCUCAAAACAGGACUACAGAGUAGCUCACUCCCCAAAUAGUGCCCUAUGUAGUGAAUAGGGUGUGAUUUCGGACGUACACUUUCUCUACUUUUACAAUUAUUUUAUAGUUUAUUUGUUUUUAUUUUUUAACAAAACUCCAGUCUGCAUGUGUGAUUUUAAUUUGUUUUACAAUACAGUCAGGUGGGACACGCCCCCUUUUUUCUGAGCCGUGUCACUUUUUGUGCGUGAUGGACACUAAAGAUGGAGGCAAUGAAGAAAUAAAUGAACUCCAGUCGCUCUGAACUCUGAAUAGACGAGGAGAAAAAAAUCCUUCCAUCCAUCUAGUCAUAGGACAUGUUUUACUGUGUGUGUGUGUGUGUGUGUGUGUAUUCAUCUUCAUAUUGAAGGUGCUUUAUCGGGAGAGACAACACACGGCCCGGAGGCCACAGAACUUUUUUUGGAAUACUGUUUAUAUUAAUUUCACUUCCUGUUCUAACUUCCUGUGCCUCCUUUUUAGGAUCGUACCAAUGUAUUCACUAAAUUACCCAGAAUGCAUUUCUAUAUUUAGAGGCUAAACUAAGAACAGAAUUGAAACACUGAUUAGACUUCUACACUAUUUGAUUUUUCAAAAUGGCCGCCAUCAUGGUGCUUAGGAUAAUGAAAACACACUCUGAGGCGUGGCCUUGUCUGUAACCUGUGUGUGUGUGUGUGUGAGAAGGAGAGAGAGAGUGAGUGUGUUUUAGUAAAUAAAUAUGCACAUGAAUACUGUACAUUACUGCUUUAGCUCCACAGUUGGCGAAUAAAACCCGCAUGUGACGAAAAGCAAUUAUAUUUCAAUUAGCUGUAACCCAUGGACAAUUAAUAAUGACAUUUUUUCAAAAA